AAUUUCUCUCUCAACGUGAAAAAAUACUAUAAAUAAAAAGUCUCCCUCUCUGAGUUUUACAUCUUGGUUUCAUUUACGAAUUUUCUUUCUUCCCAUUUUUCAGCAUACAUAAAUGACGUCAUCCAUGUUUAGAUCUCCUUGCAAGAUUCCGUCGAUGAAAGGGCUUGAGCAGAAGAGCUACGUCGGCCUUAAAGCAGCGACGUAUAAUGUGAGAAUCAAUCCUUUCCGAAGCAUAGAAGUUGCUUGUCAACUACAAAGAUUCGACUCCGCCAUGAUAUGGCCGGUACAUGCUCAUGAGGCACUUCUAGUGCCGAGUAAACCAGCAGCGCCUACAAUUACAACUAAACCAGCCAUGCCUCCAAUGCCGAGUAAAUUAGCUAAGCCAUUGAUUGAUCAGCCUCUUCAGCUAAACCAACGUCCACGUCGUAAUCGCAAGUCCCCUACUCAUAGGGCUGCCUUUCAAGAAAGUAAUGUCUCUCCUGAAAAUUUCAUAUAUCCACUCUUCAUUCAUCAAGGUGAGGUAGACAUUCCCAUAAAAACGAUGCCCGGGUGUUACAUGCUUGGCUGGAGACACGGCCUCAUCGAAGAAGUUGCAAAGGCACGAGAUGUUGGUGUGAAUAGCAUAAUGUUGUACCCUAAAGUUCCUGUUGCGUUAAUGUCUCCAACAGGGGAAGAGGCGUUCAACGACAACGGUCUAGUGCAACGAACAGUUCGUCUUCUCAAAGACAGAUUCCUUGAUCUCGUUAUCUACGCUGAUGUCAAUUUUGAUGAGUACUCGUUAAGUGGGCAUGGUGGAAUCGUAAGAGAAGAUGGCGUAAUACUGAAUGAUGAAACAAUUCACCAAUUACGCAAACAAGCAGUUUCUCAGGCUCGAGCUGGAACAGAUGUUGUUUGUACCAGUGAAAUGUUAGAUGGGCGUGUAGGCGCGGUUCGUGCAGCUCUAGAUGCUGAGGGCUUUCACCAUGUUUCCAUCAUGUCUUACUCUGUCAAGUAUACAAGUUCAUUAUACGGCCGUUUUCGCAAGGUGGAAUUGGACAAGAAAACUUAUCAGAUAAAUCCAGCAAACUCAAGAGAGGCAUUGAUCGAAGCACGUGAAGACGAAGCUGAAGGAGCCGAUAUCCUAAUGGUGAAACCAGCACUUCCUUCUCUUGAUAUCAUACGUUUAUUGAAGAACCAAACUCUAUUGCCCAUUGGAGCUUGCCAGGUUUCCGGUGAGUACUCCAUGAUAAAAGCUGCGGGACUUAUGAAGAUGAUCGAUGAGGAAAAAGUUAUGAUGGAAUCAUUGAUCUGCCUACGUCGAGCUGGUGCAGAUCUCAUUCUUACCUACUUUGCUUUAGAAGCUGCUACAAUAAUAUGCGGUGAGAAUAGAAAACUUGUAUUCAAUUACUAAUCGUUUGUUUGUUUGCGUCUUGAAUAAAUCUACAACCAUAAUUGUACCCUUAGCAGAACAAUUUGAUAAUCAUGAAAUUCUUAUAAAAUCGAUAACAAACGCA